GAGAGGCAAGGACAGUAAUAGCAGGUUUUCGGUUUCAAAUUUGUUGUUUUCAGGAUUGUAAGAAGGAAUAACAAUAAGUGAGAGAAUAACAGCACAUCCGGGCGAAAGUGUGUGUGAGAAAGAGAAAAGAAAAGUGGGAGACCUCUGUAAUUUCUUUUAAGACGCUUGGUUAUCUCUUCCAGACUAAGCAGUAACUCCGAGCAAACUGAAGAUCACGGAUUACCAUGUUACGGAUUUCUGUUGUUUGGGUCACUUUUGUGGCUCUCUCUUUGACGGUACGGGACACUGUUGGCAGAUAUGGAAUGAGUAUGUUUGCGGCGCAGUCCUCUCCCCCUGACCCCUGCUACGACGAGAACGGUAACCCCAGGAGAUGCAUCCCGGACUUCGUCAACUCAGCUUUCGGAAAGGAUGUGCGUGUAUCCAGCACCUGUGGUAACCCGGCCGCGAGGUACUGUGUUGUAACCGAGAAAGGAGAGGAGAGGCUGCGAGACUGCCAUACGUGCGACGCCGGAGACCCGAAGAAGACUCACCCACCGACUUAUUUAACCGACCUCAACAAUCCGCACAACCUCACCUGUUGGCAGUCGGAGAACUACGUUCAGUAUCCACAAAAUGUGACACUUACUCUGUCUUUGGGUAAAAAAUUUGAGGUUACCUACGUGAGUUUGCAGUUCUGUUCACCGCGACCCGAAUCCAUGGCUAUCUUCAAGUCCAUGGACUAUGGAAAAACUUGGGUACCCUUUCAGUUUUACUCAACCCAGUGUAAGAAAAUGUACAACAAACCAAGCAAAGCAGCAAUUACAAAACAGAAUGAGCAGGAGGCGAUUUGCACGGACUCUCAUACAGAUAUGCAUCCCUUAACCGGGGGACUCAUUGCGUUCAGUACCCUGGAUGGUAGACCCUCCGCGCACGACUUUGACAAUUCACCAGUGCUGCAGGACUGGGUUACAGCUACUGAUAUCAAGGUGAUAUUUAGCCGACUGCACACGUUUGGGGAUGAGAAUGAGGACGACUCCGAACUGGCGAGGGAUUCGUAUUUUUACGCAGUUUCAGACCUACAAGUCGGCGGCCGAUGCAAAUGUAACGGACACGCAUCGAAAUGCGUAAAAGACCGCGAGGGAAACUUGGUGUGUGAAUGCAAACACAACACUGCAGGACCUGAGUGCGACAGGUGCAAACCCUUCCACUACGACCGGCCAUGGCAGCGCGCGACGGCCCGUGAAGCCAAUGAAUGUGUUGCCUGUCACUGUAACCUGCACGCGCGCCGCUGUCGUUUUAACAUGGAGCUGUACAAACUGUCGGGACGAAGAAGCGGAGGAGUGUGUCUCAACUGCAGGCACAACACGGCCGGACGACACUGUCACUACUGCAAAGAGGGCUAUUACAGAGACAUGACCAAAGCCAUCUCCCACCGCAGAGCCUGCAAAGCAUGUGAUUGCCACCCGGUGGGCGCAGCGGGCAAGACGUGUAACCAGACGACCGGGCAGUGCCCCUGUAAGGACGGCGUGACGGGCAUCACGUGUAACCGCUGUGCCAAGGGCUACCAGCAGAGCCGGUCCCCCAUUGCACCCUGCAUCAAGAUCCCGAUUGCGUCUCCAACUGCUACGUACAGUAACUCAGAGGAACCUACAGAUUGCGAUACCCACUGCAAAGCGUCCAAAGGAAAGCUGAAGAUCACCAUGAAGAAGUACUGUAAGAAAGACUUCGCUGUGCAGGUGCACGUGCUGAAGGGAGACAAGGCAGGGGAGUGGUGGAAGUUCACCAUCAACAUCAUCUCCAUCUACAAACAGGGCCAGCACCGCAUCCGCCGCGGGGACCAGCUCCUGUGGGUGCGCGCCAAGGACGUGGCCUGCAAGUGCCCCAAGAUCAAGCCGGGCAGGAAGUACCUGCUGAUGGGGUCGGACGAGGAGGACUCGCGCGGGCAGAGCGGCGUGGUGGCCGACAAGGGCAGCGUCCUCAUCCCCUGGAAGGACCUGUGGGCGCGACGUCUCCGAAAGUUCCAGCAACGCGACAAGAGGGGCAAGUGUUAGAGAGACUGGAGAGAGAGGAGCGAAAGGAAGGA